AUGGGAGUUUUCCACGGCUGGACCCUUGUAAACCUGAGUAACAACAAGAUCAAGGAGGUGAGAGAGGGUGCCUUCGAUGGAGCGGCCGGUGUGCAGGAGCUGAUGCUGACCGGGAACCAGCUGGAAACGCUGCAUGGACGCAUGUUCCGGGGACUCAGCAGCCUCAAGACCCUGAUGCUGAGGAGUAACCUGAUCAACUGCGUGAGCAAUGACACGUUUGCUGGCCUGAGUUCAGUGAGGCUGCUGUCCCUCUAUGACAAUCGGAUCACCACCAUCACCCCUGGAGCCUUCACCACACUUGUCUCCCUAUCUACCAUAAACCUCCUGUCCAACCCCUUCAACUGCAACUGCCACCUGGCCUGGCUCGGCAAGUGGUUGAGGAAGAGGCGGAUCGUGAGCGGGAACCCCCGGUGCCAGAAGCCAUUCUUCCUCAAGGAGAUCCCCAUCCAGGAUGUGGCCAGCCAGGACUUUACCUGUGAAGGCAAUGACGAGAGUAGCUGCCAGGUGGGCCCCCACUGCCCGGAGCAGUGCACCUGCGUGGAGACGGUGGUCCGGUGCAGCAACAGGGGGCUGCACGCCCUCCCCAAAGGCAUUCCCAAGGACGUGACCGAACUGUACCUGGAAGGAAACCACUUAACAGCCGUGCCCAGGGAGCUGUCCGCCCUCCGACACCUGACACUUAUUGACCUGAGCAACAACAGCAUUGGCGUGCUGACCAACUACACCUUCAGUAACAUGUCUCACCUCUCCACCCUGAUCCUGAGCUACAACCAGCUGCGGUGCAUCCCUGUCCACGCCUUCGACGGGCUGCGGUCUCUCCGAGUGCUGACCCUCCACGGCAAUGACAUUUCCAGCGUUCCCGAAGGCUCCUUCAGCGACCUGACAUCUCUUUCCCAUCUGGCGCUGGGAACCAAUCCACUCCACUGUGACUGCAGUCUGCGCUGGCUGUCGGAGUGGGUGAAGGCGGGGUACAAGGAGCCUGGCAUCGCCCGCUGCAGUAGCCCCGAGCCCAUGGCCGACAGACUCCUGCUCACCACCCCCACCCACCGAUUCCAGUGCAAAGGGCCAGUGGACAUCAACCUUGUGGCCAAGUGCAACGCCUGCCUCUCCAGCCCGUGCAAGAACAACGGGACUUGCAGCCAGGAUCCUGUGGAGCUCUACCGCUGCACCUGCCCCUAUGGCUACAAGGGCAGAGACUGCACUGUGCCCAUCAACACCUGCAUCCAGAACCCCUGUCAGCACGGAGGCACCUGCCACCUGAGCGAGAGCCACAAGGAUGGGUUCAGCUGCUCCUGCCCUCUGGGCUUUGAGGGUCAGCGGUGUGAAAUCAACCCAGAUGACUGUGAGGACAACGACUGUGAGAACAAUGCCACCUGUGUGGACGGGAUCAACAACUACGUGUGCGUCUGCCCUCCUAACUACACGGGUGAGCUGUGCGACGAGGUGAUUGACCACUGCCUGCCCGGGAUGAACCUCUGUCAGCAUGAGGCCAAGUGCAUCUCCCUGGACAAAGGAUUCAGGUGCGAAUGUCUCCCCGGCUACGGCGGGAAGCUCUGCGAGGUGGACAACGAUGAUUGCGUGGCCCACAGCUGCCGCCACGGGGCCCAGUGCAUGGAUGCGGUCAACGGCUACACGUGCGUCUGCCCCCAGGGCUUCAGCGGGCUCCUCUGUGAGCAGCCCCCACCCAUGGUCCUGCUUCAGACCAGUCCCUGUGACCAGUACGAGUGCCAGAAUGGGGCCCAGUGCAUUGUGGUGCAGCAGGAGCCGACCUGUCGCUGCCCCCCGGGCUUCGCCGGCCCGAGGUGCGAGAAGCUCAUCACCGUCAACUUUGUGGGCAAAGACUCCUAUGUGGAACUAGCCUCUGCCAAGGUCCGGCCCCAGGCCAACAUCUCCCUGCAGGUGGCCACGGACAAGGACAACGGCAUCCUUCUCUACAAGGGGGACAACGACCCCCUGGCGCUGGAGCUGUACCAGGGCCACGUGAGGCUCGUCUAUGACAGUCUGAGCUCCCCACCAACCACGGUGUACAGUGUGGAGACUGUGAAUGAUGGGCAGUUUCACAGCGUGGAGCUGGUGAUGCUAAACCAGACCCUGAACCUGGUGGUGGAUAAAGGAGCCCCCAAGAGCCUGGGAAAGCUCCAGAAGCAGCCGGCAGUAGGCAUCAACAGUCCCCUCUACCUCGGAGGCAUCCCCACCUCCACGGGCCUCUUGGCCCUGCGCCAGGGCACGGACCGGCCCCUGGGUGGCUUCCACGGCUGCAUCCACGAGGUGCGCAUCAACAACGAGCUGCAAGACUUCAAGGCCCUCCCGCCACAGUCCCUGGGAGUGUCACCGGGCUGCAAGUCCUGCACCGUGUGCAAGCACGGCCUGUGCCACUCCGUGGAGAAGGACAGCGUGGUGUGUGAGUGCCACCCAGGCUGGACGGGCCCACUGUGCGACCAGGAGGCCCGGGACCCCUGUCUGGGCCACAGCUGCAACCAUGGGAAAUGUGUAGCAACCGGGACCUCGUAUGUGUGCAAGUGUGCAGAAGGCUACGGCGGGGCCACGUGUGACCGCAAGAAUGACUCCAGCGCCUGCUCUGCCUUCAAGUGUCACCAGGGGCAGUGCCAUUCCUCAGAUCGAGGGGAGCCCUACUGCCUGUGCCAGCCUGGCUUCAGUGGGGAGCACUGCGAGCAAGAGAACCCGUGCCGGGGGGAGGUUGUCCGAGAGGUGAUCCACCGCCAGAGAGGUUACGCCUCGUGUGCCACGGCCUCCCGAGUGCCCAUCCUGGAGUGUCGUGGGGGCUGUGGGCCCCAGUGCUGCCAGCCUACCCGCAGCAAGCGGCGGAAAUACGUCUUCCAGUGCACCGACGGCUCCUCGUUCGUGGAAGAGGUGGAAAGACACCUAGAGUGUGGCUGCCGCCAGUGUUCCUAAGGCCGUCGGCCCGCCUGCCCCCCACCUCUCAGACUCCAGCUUCGUGGGGCUGGGACAGCCAUGUGGGACCCCCUCGAGAUUCGAGGUGAAGAAGUAGAAGCUGGAGAGGAAGCAGAAGAAGAGAAUAUUAAGUAUAUUGUAAAAUAAACAAAAAAUAGAACUUAUUUUUAUUAUGGAAAGUGACUAUUUUCAUCUUUUAUUAUAUAAAUAUAUCACACCGUCUGAGUAUAUGUACCAUAUAGUGAGUUAUUUUUACCAAGUCUUGUGUAUUGGUCACGUUUUUAUAAACAGCUGUUAAAAAUUUUAAGAAAAAAGACUAAUAAAAAUGUUUUAAAACAAAAGGGUAAGAAUAAAGAAGUGCUAGCCUGUCCGAGGAGGAAGAAGGACGUUUUUAUGUUGAUGAAACAGUAUCGUGUCAGCAGAAACCAAGACCUGCUUACCGAGCUCAGGAAAAGGAAUGAUAAGAGGAAGAGAAGGAAAAGAUUUUUCUUUGUUUCUUCUUAUUUUUGAUGACUCUUUUUCUCUUCCCUAAAAGCACCCAGCUUUCAAGCCCUGGUUGCCAAAGCCCGUCCUUCCAGGAAAAGCCGCUGCAGCCCCACUGCCUCCCCCUCACAGUCGCUGCCCCCACCUGCCCCAGGCCGCCAGCGGGGUCUGAACCUACUGCAGACCCCUCUUUUCCCUCCGGGCUGGCCCUGCCUGCCACUACGGGGCUGUUCGAAACUCGGCCACAGGCUUCAUCUGAGCCUGCUUUGCCACAUUUUAAAACACCUCCUCUUUCCCUGCCCCUCUGCAGGUGAGUCAACGGAAGAAGGGUCAAGGCCAUCUCCUCAGGCCCCAACCACCGGCACUUCCUCUCAAGGUUCUGACCCAUCCUCUUCCCUCCAGCCCAUUUCACACUGGAAUGCAGUACUAGGAGAGCAGGCAGCCAGGGCUGCAGAGAUGAGGAAGGCCAGGAACCCAGCCUGCCCAUAGCCCUGGUAGAAGUCCAACUCUGGAAAGUUCUGGGAGGAUCUUGCUAUAGGACAAACAAGCCUCUGCCACCUGAUCCUCCAGGCCACCCUCAUAAGUUGUCAUCACAACGCCUUGCUCAUCUGCAACACUUUCCAACGCAUAUCUGUACUGUACCUGAUUUUAUCCGUGUAAUCCAUGCUCCGUGCAAUCCCUGCUCCCAUAAGAAGGGUAAAGCCAGAUGGCCCCAUUUCACAGACAAGGAAACACGCUUCUCUCAAACUCUGUAUCUUGCCUUAAGCCACAUCUCUGAUUAAGUAGAAGAGUAAGGCUCAAAGCUCUAGAUGCCUUUUCUAAAGAGCAGAAACGCAAGAGAUUCAGGUUGUUCAUAGGACAAGCCCUACCAGGAAAAGAAAGUAGAUGUUCUUUACUAUUUUUCCUGCUUGUGUUCAAGUCUUGUUCUGUUCCCCAGUAUCCAGAAAGCUUCUAGACAGAGUUACAUAGCAGGAAAUGUGAGCAAAGGCAGCCUGCCUGAGGGAGACUUGCCCCUGUCUCUCAGCUCCCCUCAGCCUAGUACAGAUGGCUCAGGGGCUCAGCUGCUCACACCAACUCCUUGUCUCUCACUCAUCCCUCCUUUGCCCUGGGAGCCUCCCCUGUGGAAGUGUCAGGCAGGAAAAUGUGGGGCUCAGAGGACCUUCCAGCAUGGAGGUUCCCCAGAGGAGCCUAGUGGUUCUGUGAGGACCAACAGUGGGCUAAAGAUUCCAAGAAUCAAGAAGGAGGCAGAAAAGGAAGAUGGAAGAGCACAAGGCAAGGGGAAAAUGAGGGAAGGAGGAAGGGAAAGAAGGGAUAGGGAGGGAAGAACAUAAGGAAGAGCGGGAUGAAGAGAAGGAAGGAGGGAAAAGGAGGGAGAAAUAAAAUGGAAGAGUUUACUUAAAAAUGUGUGUACUAAUAUACAUUAUGUUCCAGGUACUUAGUGUACUUAUGGUGGAUGUGUUUCUAAUAUUAUUAACAGAUAGAUUCACUUAGUACUUACAUUAUACAUCAGAUACCAUUCUAAUUUAUAUAUAUUAGAUAUAUACAUAUAUUAAGUAUGUAUAUAUAUGUGUAUUUGUAUAUACAUAUAUAUACAUAUUUAAUUCUCAAAACCACCCUGUAGUAAAGACAUUAGUAACCCAUUUUACAGUUGAGAAAGUUGAGGCACAGAGGAGUUAAGGAAUUUGCACAAAAACAGAUGCCUAAUAAAUUAUAGAGCCAGAAUUUGGGCCCAGUUUGCCUAACUCCAGAAGUUACUCCUCAAGGGAAGGAAACAUCUGCCUUUGAGGAUCCUACAGUCCAGGGCAAAAACAAUCAUGGGACAACAGCUUUAUUAUAGGAGUCCCCUCAUGGCAGUAUAAACAAGGGAAGUCACUGUCCAGACUAGGAAAUCUCCAAUCCUGGGUCUUCAGGGAUGAAUAGGAGUCUGCCGGGGCAGGGGUAAGAAAGGGAGUUGAACUUUCCAGGGAAUGGCCUGUUAAAAAGCAGUGAAACAGGGAAAAGACCCAGUAUGGGGAACAGUCAAGAGUUCCAGGGUGGCAGGAGUGUGGGAUGCACACUGAGGAGCAGAAAUCAAGGGGGGCAGACAUGAAGGCAAGGGUUCAACCAGUAAGAGCCAUGUAUGGCAGGCUAGAACACAGGGACCCUGCAGGGUUUUUAAGUAGGGGAAUAGCAAGACAAGCUCUGAUUUAGGAAGAGAACUGGUGGCAAAGAUGACAAGGCUUCGAAGAGGAGAGAGCGCUCUGCCACCCAAAAAGGCUCUGGGGGCUUCCCAGUUGUUCACUUGAGUUUGUUGUAGCUAAACAAUGCCAAUUUCCAGAUAGGUCCCAAAAGUCUUUGUGGUAGCUCCGAAGUUCUCUCCUGAAAGGGCUCUUCCUGAGAUCUGUCCCAUACCCUUCCCCAUCCCUCGUGCCGUCAGCCCACCUCACCCACGCAGGUAAACCCUAGGCUUAUUCUACCGCCAACACUCCCAGCUAGCCACUCUCCACAUAACAGGAAGCCCACUCGGCCUACCAUCUUGAGAGCUGCGCAACCAGGGUCACGGACCUCUGGGAAGACUUGCCAGGCUACCAGCUUUCCCUCGGCCUCCCCCACAGAAUCCAAGGCCUGCCUCUGCCAGCCAUGCCCUGUGCCCACUUCCGAACCCAGCUGCAAUCAGCCAGCACAGCCAAAAGGACCAGGUCCUUAAUGUGGCUUGAGGGUGAUUUUGAGCCUUCCCCUCAAUUUUGGAAGCCCUGACUUUAUGAAAUGCCUAAUGCAAGAUUAAGAAAAUUCUCCCCAAAAGCAAGUUUCUCUAACAAACGCAGAUUAAAACGCUCUUAUUUCAACAGCCAAAUUCUAGAAACAAAGUCUCCCAGGGCAGGAAGAGUUCAGUCAGGUAACUUGCAUGCUUCAAAGUAUGGGUCCAUGUUUGCGUGUGGGGACCGGCAUAUGUGAAAGGGGGCUUGGGCUCGGUUCCCCCUGAGCAGGAUUCAGGGGAAGGGAGAACCCCUUUGACUCAACCAAGGGACCCUAAAAUGGCUGAUGAGAUGAUGUAUUUAAAAGCUCUUUGUAAAGUGUAAACUAACAACCUUUAAUGUAAGCUGUUACGACUGUCAUUGUUGCCGUGACUGACAUGCCAACAGGCCCAUGUAGAAGAUGGCUUUGCCUUUUCAAUUUCAGAAGGGAACCUGAGUCUGAUGCUUCAGAAAGAGGACGGGACAAGGAAAAGAGGGGCAAGGAAAGAGAGGGAGAUUUCCUAGGGCCAGAGAAAGAGGGGAAAUCCCCCAGAAUGACCCUUCGGAACCCAGGAGCAGCCAGGAGGGUGAUGGAGCUAACCUCGCCUUCCACCAGGUACAAAGCUACCAUCAGAUUGAACCCUAUGGCCGAGCAGCCACCCGUCGCCUUUGCUGGCAGGAGAAGCCCCUAGCCUAAGUGGACCUGCCCCUCAAAACUCACAGGGCCUCAGGUAUCAGAGCUGAAGGAACCUGGGAGAAUCCCUGGUGAGGGAUAAACCUGAGAAUCAGAGAAAGGGAGUGUCUAAACCAGAGACCAAGGUCAUCCAACAAAUUAACACCAGAGGCAGGAACAGACCCAGGGGUCUACCCAGGACAUCUUUCUCCCUGCUACUCCACUGUGAGCAUCCAGGAAGAGUGAAAGUUGAGACAGACCCCAUGAUACCUUCUAGGUGGCCAGAAAAGUAUCCCCCCCUUCCCCCACAGUGCACUCGGAUGGCUGGGAAGCUGGGGCAGUGCCUGGUUUGGUGGCACUUACCCUUAUGUUCUAGUCAGGCUCAGACUGUGCCAAAGGAAACGCUUGGGGAAAGUGGGUGCAAGAUGCCAGCUUGCCAGAACAAGCAAAGACAGAAUUGGGCAUUUGGCAAAGCCUAUUUCUCUAACUCAACAAGAGGUUCUAAGAAAAAACUUCUAAGAUGGUUUUUAAAAGUGUUACAGUGCCACUUCACCAUUAUGGGAUAAAUAAUGUGCAUUCUUUGAUUCAACAGACUGUCAUUAUCUGAUAUCAUUAAAAUGUGUCACAGGAGAGCUAUCAGAUGUUCCUGUGAAUACCAUAAACUCA